GGCAUCGAAUACCCCUGAACUCCAUUCUCCACUCUUCUAUCAAGCUCAUUGGUGACCACCCUAUUGCCUGUCUCAUCUAAACUUCCCCUUGGACUUCAUAGGCCUUGGGUGGAGAGACAAGAAUCAUGCUCCUCCUCUAUCUCUCUGCACUGAUCCUCUUCAUAAGCCCACUGGCUGCUCAAGAUGAAGUGACAACACCCUCCAACGAAAAAGAAAGCUCAGGGGCUUGUACCCUCAUCGUGUGUGAACCUGGAGAAAGAGGAUUGCCUGGAAGAGAAGGAAUAGAUGGCAAACAAGGUCCCAAGGGAGAAAAGGGAGAUCCAGGAGCAGCAGGAGAAUCAGAUAAAGAAUAUUCCUCAGACCUGAUUGGCCCCUCAGACCUGGAGGGAGUAAAUGGAGAACCAGGAGGAGGAACUCCUGGACCUGCUGGGCCACCUGGAAUACCUGAUUUUCCAGAUCCCCAAGAGCCAAGGGGUCCAUCUGGGCCACGGGUUGAUAUACCAUUACCUGGGCAGAAAGGAAAAUGUUGUUGCACAGGUAAGUCAGCCAACUUUAAGGGUCCAUCAUGUUUGGUAUGAGCCGGUUCUCUAGCUCAUUGCUUCCCUGUUGUUUUGGAAUUUUAGAGAAUGAGCAAAACAGUAUUAGGAGCCAAACUAUCAAAAGUCCCUCUAGAUGGGAAAGCAGCCUCAGGAGAUGCAGAGUUCCUUCCAGCUGGAAGGUGA